UGCAAUCGAUCUAGAUCGCUGGCCCCGUUCGUAGAAAAACCCCCGCAACCGUCUCUAAAUCGACGAGCUCCACCUCAUUCACCCGACCGGCCGCUCGUCGAACUCCGAAAGCACAUGGCGCGUCCACCUGGUGUGUCGUUCUUGGGCUCGAAAGCGACACAGAUGAAGGUCACU